AUGAGUAAAGCAGCUGAAACGAUAAUGCUACGACAGCAAGGCAUUCCAUACUUCUUCAAGAAUUCGAUUACUGCGACGCUUGAAGGAAACCGGUCAAGCGUUCAAGUGUCGGAAGUAGCACUGCCAGUGUGCAAUACGGUAAAUUUGGGUCUAUUACGACUACUUCACCAACCACGUCCUAAAUCUCCCCCAUCAUCUGCGGAAGCUCCGUCCUCCCCACGCGCAAACGCCUGCGCCGGUCCUUGCCACCGACAGAACACGGUCCCUUCACACCCCGCAUCAUGUUGGAUACUUCUGGGAAGGCGCAUGGGGAAGUAUAUCUUGAUAAUGGUUCGAUGCGAAGAGUACGAAAGGAAAGGGAUGGUGCUUAUAGAUGCCGCAAGAGCGGUAGUGGAUGCAUGCAUACGACUGUAUGAACGGUUCGCGUGCAGUGUGAGGGAUGUGAGAAUGGCGAAGUUGGUUGCUCUUGGACUUGGGAAGAAGCCUUGGGAUGUUGUUUUGGAUGGCGGUUGA